AUGGCCCAAGUCACUGGGUUCGGCGCUCAAGGCGCCGCACAACCACCCCAGCCGAUCCCGACCCAACUUUCCUCACAGAUCGACCUACUCGUGUCGCUGCACAUGUGGUCUUGGCCGGCCUUGACCCUCGCGAUCCAGAACGCCUGGGGUGGCUCGGCGGAAAUUUCGAAGGACAAGCGCGACUGGUUCGCCGGCGCCGUGUCUGACCUUUUGACGUCGAGUCCUCCGCAGCUCGCAGAUGUGGCCGAUCUAGAAGAAGUUCUGCUACAAGUGAUGCUGGAUGAAUUCGAGGUGGUGGUGGACGACGGCAGCGCCGAAGAGACGGCGCGGAACAUCUGGAGCGGCCUUCCGAAGUUGAAGAGCGGCGAUGUGACUGAGCUCCAAGAGAUGUACGUCAAGUGGCAGGAGAAGCAGAAGAAAGGAGGCAAAGAAGUCGUGAUGAUCGUCAGAGGCGAGGACAAAGAGGCAGAGGACACCGAUUGGGAUGAAGACGAUGAGGAAGAGGAAGAAUGGAAUGGACUACCAGACCGCCGCUCGGACGUCGAUAUGGACGAAGCACCGCCGCUUGUCGAUUCUGGCAGACCUAGGCAGAAGACUGAGCCUGAAGUCGACGAAGAUGGGUUUACAAAGGUUGUAAGCAAGAAAAAGAGGUGA